GUGUGCCCCUCCUGUAUAGCAGGAAGGAAGUAGGGAGCUGGCGUGCAAAUUUCUGUGUCGAUUUGUCUGAAGAAAUGGCUGCUGGCGUGCAGGUGAAGAUUGGAAUCAUUGGAGGGUCUGGUCUUGAUGAUCCAGACAUCUUGGAAGGGAGGAGUGAAAAAUAUGUGGACACACCAUACGGAAAGCCCUCUGAUGCACUUAUAGUGGGGAAGAUUAAGAAUGUCGAAUGUGUCCUUCUUGCGAGGCACGGCAGACAGCACACAAUUAUGCCAACAAACGUCAACUACCGGGCUAACAUCUGGGCUCUGAAGGAGGAGGGCUGCACGCACAUUUUGGUCACCACAGCCUGCGGCUCCCUGCGGGAGGAGAUUCAGCCCGGGGACAUCGUCAUCAUCGACCAGUUCAUCGACAGAACCACUAAGAGGGCGCAGACGUUCUAUGACGGGAGCCCCACCAGCCCCCCCGGAGUGUGCCACAUCCCCAUGGCCGAGCCCUUCUGCGGCAGGACCAGAGAGGUCCUGCUGGAGGUGGCACGGAGCCUGGGGGUGAAGUGCCACACGAGGGGCACCAUGAUGACCAUUGAGGGCCCCCGCUUCUCCUCCAGGGCCGAGAGCCUCAUGUUCCGGCAGUGGGGCGCUGACGUCAUUAACAUGACUACCGUGCCGGAGGUGGUGCUGGCCAAGGAGGCCGGCCUGUGCUACGCCAGCAUCGCCAUGGCAACCGACUACGACUGCUGGAAGGAGCAUGAGGAGGCGGUCUGCGUCGACAACGUGUUGAAGACAAUGAAGGAGAACGCAAACAAGGCAAGCAGCAUUUUGCUCACCGCCAUACCCCAGAUCUGCCAGAUGGACUGGAGUCAGACGAUAAAGUGCCUGAAAGUUAUGUCACAGUCUUCCGUAAUGCUACCCAAACAUUGAAGACUUUCCUUCACUUGUCUUUCGACCUACGUUGCCGGGGAAACGACAGAAGAAGCAAACCUGAUGAAUGUAGACGACAGGAAAUGAAGUCUGACCAUACUAGGCUUAUCAGUGAGAAACGUGCCUGAUAUGUUUGUUUUGCAUUCACGUCCUACUGCAGACAAUUUUUAUGUCUUUUUUUUCUUUCCAAACAUUUCAUGUCAUACGUCUCAGCCAUUUGUACCCCAUAUUAUCUAGUCCUUACCAUCAUAGAGUAAAUAUCAUUUGUGUCAUAUACUUCACAUGUUAAAAUUAUGUUAUAUGUGAUGAUAUUGUACAAUCUGAAAUUCCACACAAGCAACUUGGUACCUCGGGUUUCUAAAAAUAAACAUAAAAUCAUGCCCAUUGUGUUUAUAUAUGUAUUUGUGCUUACCAUGUAUUCUCUCUGAAAGAAACUGGACACUGUCACCAGUCUUAUAAUCUUGUAUGUAUUUCCAGUAUUAUUGUUUGAGAGCUCCCUGUAUGUACUAUGCAGUCUCAUAAGAAGGACACGGGAAGUACAGGACCUCCAACAAAAACACGUUCUUCAAUUUUCAAAUACGUAUUGAAUGUUUACAAAAGAAUUGUCAGCGUAUUUGGAUGUGGUCAUCUGUAUGUAUGUACGAAAUGUUAACAAACAGGGCCUUUAUGAUGAGCUGUACGCCCUUCAUAAACAGCUGUGUGUGCAAUGGAAGAGCUCAGCUGGCGAAGGGAGAAAUUUCCCAGUCAAAUUCUCCAUCUGCUUCCAUCCCCAUUUGUCUGUUAGCAGUUCCAGUUAGUCACGUGACGGUCGGUACUUCUGUGGCACCCUCUAUGAGACACUUCCUCCUUCUGGAGUGUGUGCUGACCUCGUUUCAAAGAUGGCGUCGCUGUAAACAUGUGUAUUUAUGCUGCUGCUGCUAACGGAGGACCACCUGGCUCUUGACUUUGCUCUGCGGGAAAGUGUGAUGUGGUAAUUUGUGUUGUCGUUUUGAACAGCUACGCACUUGAGAUGUUUGAGUGUAACCUCACUGAACAAAGUAACAAUGCUUUCAUUUUUUAAAAAAAUCUGUAUGCCCUUCUAAUACACUGCCUGUUCUAAUACACUGCCUGAAAGGUACAGUGAGUAUUUCACAUGCCAUAUGAAAUAACAGUUGCUGUCUGAAACUGUGGUUUGCUAAGAGAUUAAAUGAGUCCCAUCUUUUGUACUGUAUGACUGAAAUAAAAUGUCCUGUAGACUAGAA